CUUGAGAACGGUUAGUAGAGACACGGAGUUGCUGUUGCCGUUUGCCCGUCGGCCGAGCAUGCGCGUUGAGUACAUCCGUCGUUGCCGUGUCGAUCGCGCGGCCGGGCCGGGGCCAGUACGACAUGGGCGACACGGACAUAGUGCCUGUCUCCCGUCUCAUCGCCUUGGUGCGGCAGCGACCCGUGCUGUGGGAUCGCCAACAAGAGGUAUACAAGAACAGGAAACUGACGAGAAAGGCCUGGACCGAGAUAUGUGAGGACCUCAUUGACGGAUAUGACGGGCUAACCGACUCGGAGAAGAAAGCCACUGGUAAAAAUGUCAUCGGUAAAUGGGCCAACCUAAGAGACAACUGGCUUCGUUACUGGCGAAAACGGCAGGAACUGUUGAGAAUAGGCUCACCGACAAAGUCACUCAAGAAAUACAUUCAUCAUGACCAACUUCUAUUUCUGUCCAAGGUGUACGAUGACCAAGAAAUUGAACAAGAAGUCGAAGAGAUUCAAGUUGAUGUUGAUGUAAUAUCGGACCCAGAAAUGGAUUCACCUCGAAGUAAUAGUUCACAGAAUCUGUGGGACAUUUCAUCUGAAGAGAACAGGCUUGAAGAAAAUCAUUUUCAACCUCAGGCAGGAUCACACCUUUACUUUUUUCACAGCAUAAUGCCAAUGAUAUGUGAAUUCAAUAACGAUCAAGUAUUGGACUUUCAGUCAGCUGUACUAGAAAGCAUUAAACGUAUAAAAUUUGGUGGAAAUUAUGUUAACAUUACUCCAGGCCACACCUUGCCUCUUCUAGCUCUCAUACCAGCACCUGUACCAGCUCCUGUCAUCAAAAAAGAACAACCUUCAAACGUAGUAUCCAUAGCUACUAACACAGUUGAACAGCUACAGCAAAUCAAACAGGAAUCUGAUGAUGUUUCCAAGAACAAAAAUUCUACUGUAUUACAAACGAAGGAAACUUUACCAAUUCCUUCAGUUUGUGAUAAAAUAGAAAAAUGUCCCCUUCUAAAACUAAAAACUAAUGAAACUAAACAUAUACAAGAGUUAAAACAAGAUUCUGCUGAUCUUUCACAUUUACAAAGGGUUAUUUAUAAACUGGAACGUAUUUCAAAAAGAUUUGUAACAUCCCAUUUUAAGUCUUCGUAUUGCCAGUAUGGAGCUUAUAUUGAAUCACUGUUGAGGGGACUUUCACCCAGAAAUAUUCAAUACCUUAAGAGAAAUAUAGUCAAAGAAAUUCUGAGGGUAAAAUCUUUGGAGAAGCAAAAGAAAUCCAACUCAAAGAAGAAAUCAACUCAACAGAAUACUUGCUAUACAGAGAUGCAGAAGGAUGAUGUUACGUUGAGUACACCUCAUACUUCCAAGGAGCUGUCUUCUCUUUCAAAUCAAAGUAAAGAUAUUAAUAUUGAAAUUCCAUCUCUUAGAGAUAUUAAAAACAAUUCUCUUUAUCAAGUUCCUAAUAACAAAUCCAGUGAUUUAGAGAACAAUAACUUAAAAUCUCUUGGCUCCUGCUCUACCUCUCUUAAAGGAGUUGAUUCGUUCAACCAAAACAACCAAACCAAUUUUACUUCAUCAGAAGGAAAUAUGUACAGCUGUCAACAAAAAAGGGAAUUCGUUGAGACCAGUGGUACUAAACCUUUAUCUAGGACUCUGAGAAAACGUCAGAAAAUAUUAAAUAACUAAUUGUUGUGGGAAUUUAUCAUUACUGUAGGUUUUUAAUUCAAUUUUACAUUCACAGUCUUUCCAUAUGGUUCUAUAUUCCAAAAGUACAUUUCUAAUAAAAAGAUUAAAGUUAAAAAAGUUAAA